AUGGGAGGAUUAUCAAUUGAAGAUUUGGAAUUUUUUGAUAAGCGCAAUGUGUUGAAUAGUUCGAAAAAUGAUGGCUUUCACUUGACCCCUAAUGUAUUGGAGGGAGAUACAAAAGCGCCCAAUGAUGAUGACGAAGAUGAAGGGUUCGGAGAAUUCGUUGAAUAUGAUGAUGCCAUAAAGCCUCAAACCAAGCCAGAUUUCCAUAAGCCUGAGAUUCAAGAUAUAUAUCCAGAUGAUGUCAAUAUAUCUUCGAUGUUGAGUAUUAAUAAUUCAUAUCAGAACCAACCGUCAGUCCAGAAGCCACAUUUACAGCCUGACUUAUUGGGACUGUCUGAUUUUGUUCCAUCGCCAACUCAAACUGUUGAAAGUGAGGUCCAUAUCAGUAGCCCACCAAAACCUCAAGACCCUUCCAGUUGGGACACGCCUAAAACGAAAACGAAUUCGAUUUCAAUUGAGAAUGAGGCAACUCAACUUUCAGCGUUCUCGUCGUCAAUGCGAUUCGGCCAACAUUUAGAGAACAAGUCGGGAGUAACAAAAGUGACCGAACCAACUACUUUGGACCAGUGGAAUAACAUCUUGUCAGCUUUGCCAGGUCCGAGCGAGCCCUCAACUCAGCAAAAUAAAGAGUUGAGGCCGGAGGUGAAGGAUACCUCUUUGGCUCCUUCAAAUCCCUCGAAUAAAGUUGCAAUAUCGCGACCACUAGUGCCAGAAAAAGAACAGUUCCAGGAAGAAGAAAGCUUAGAAGUUUUCGAUGAUUUUGAUGAGUUUUCAAAAGCCUCCAACAUCCCUUCUCCAAAUGUAUUGCUUGCAUACUUCCAGACGAAUGUUUUUGCAUCUCUGAAUAAUUUUCUAAACGAUUUGAUUUCAAUCAGCUACUUGCAGAAAAAAAGAACGAUUGCUCGCCCAGAAAGCAAGCAAUUCCUUUCAGGAUUUUUUGAGGCUGUAGCAAUCGCUGGUCGUAUCAUGACCGGACGGUCACGAACAGCUAUCGAUGCAGCCCAGUUGGCUUUGGCUGAUAAAGAAAGCAGAGAGUUAGCUAGAAUUUGGAAAGAAGAGCUAAGUGUCAGGCUACGAUCGUUGCUCACAACUUCUAUGAUUUCUGAUAUUCCCAGUCUUGAUGCGCGCUUAACCGUGUCUUCAAAGUCAGUACCCGGCAAGGAGUACUGCCCAAUUUGUGGGCUAUCUAGGACAGAGCUUGUGAAGGGGUCUCCUAGACCAGAGUGGGAUCCAAAUGCCAAGGGACACAAAUCAUGCCUUGCAUUUUGGGAUAAACGGUCCACAUUUGGUAUAGAAUAG